GAUUUCCCUUCCCAUUCUCGAGCCGCCUUUUGAACCUCAUCCUGUUCUUACUCUUUUUUCUUGACCUACAAAGGAAUCUCUUCUCAACGAAAGAUGUGCGAUAGUCUCGCAUUGAAUCCUUCCAUCCGAGAAGAAAGGAAACAAGCAAACCCUUCUGCCUUUCUUCUUGAUUUCAGGUGAGAUAUUAUCCAUCCAUCCAUCCAUCCAUCCAUCCUCGUUCAUUGAAAAACACUGCUAGCUAUUUCUUCCUCCAUGGAGACUUCGCUAGUGAACUCAACCCUCUCCAAUUUCCACUUCUUUAGAAAGAAAAACGUAUACAACUACUGUUCAAUGCAGGACAUACCCAAUCGUCCUUUUAUUAGUACUACCCGUAUACACAUUCCCCUUAGGUCAAGUUCUUCAGUAGUAUUCUCUGGUGGUGAUCAUAUUGCACUGUCAAAGCGCCAUCUUCCAGUAAAGAAACAUACAACAAGAACUCGUAGUUUUCUAUUUAAUCAGCUCACAAGUGACACCCUGAACUACGAUGAUAAACCGAAAAUGUUCAGAAACAGAUUCCUUGAUUUCGUUCGCAUUGGUUCUGUCAUCAAUAACGCUGCCGAAGCAUUUUUCAAGAGCGAGAUCAGAAGGAGAUUGUUUUUAACAUCUGUGUUGAUUGUGUUAAGCCGAGUUGGGUAUUUCAUUCCUUUACCGGGUUUCGACAGAAGGCUAAUCCCAAAGGAUUAUCUUAGUUUUGUUUCUGGAUCAGUUGAGGAACUAGGUGAAUUCACAGCUGAAAUGAAGCUUUCACUUUUCCAGCUUGGAAUUAGUCCACAAAUUGUAGCCUCAAUUCUAAUGCAGGUACUUUGUCACAUUGUUCCUUCAUUGGUUAAAUUACGUAAAGAAGGUUUAGAUGCUCAUGAGAAGAUCAAGAAUUAUAUAUGGUGGCUUUCACUUGGUUUUGCAAUAUUGGAAGCUUUAAUUCUUUCAUGUUAUUCUCUGCCAUAUUCAAUCUAUUCCUCUAGUUUCAAAUUCAAACAUGUGAUGGUAACAUCUUUUCUGUUGGUUUGCGGUGCAAUGACUAUGACAUGGAUUAGCGAUACGAUAACCGAAUCUGGAUUUGGUCAGGGUUCGUCGUUAAUCAUAUGUGUGGGUAUCUUGACAGGCUACAUAGAAACAUUAUAUAAAAUGCUAUUCCAGCUAAGAUUCAGCGCUGUUCCUGCAAUUUUAGGCGGUUUCACUUUAGUUGCUAUGUGGGCUGUGAUAGUAACCGAGGGUUGCAGAAAGGUGAAACUGCAGUAUUACGGUUUCAAACUCGCUUCAGCCACAAGGGAAGGAAAAUCUCCGGUUACUGAAGUUGAACCGUACAUUCCUUUCAAUAUCAAUCCAUCAGGAAUGCAGCCCGUUCUUACAACAAGUUAUCUCUUGGCAUUUCCGGGAAUAGUUUCGAGCCUUCUUGGUAAUUCGCGUUUUUGGGAAAAUGUGAAAGAUAUAUUGAAUCCUGAUACUACUCGGGGUGCAGGACCGUGGGUUUAUUACUUGAUUUAUGCGUUCUCGGUGUUUGUUUUCAAUAUAUUUGAUAUUGCCAACAUGCCAAAGGAAAUUGCUGAUUAUUUGAAUAAGAUGGGUGCGAGAAUACCGAAUGUGAAGCCUGGAAAGGCAACUAUUCAAUAUUUGACGAAGAUUCAAGCUUCUACAAGGUUUUGGGGUGGUUUGUUGCUUUGUUUCUUGGCUACUAGUUCUGUGAUUCUUGAUCGUUACUUAAGGAGGAUUAACGAGGGGUAUUCGAUAGGGUUUACUUCGGUGCUUAUUAUUGUGGGUUCUAUUAUUGAAUUGAGAAGAUCUUAUCAAGCUUAUAAUGUAAUGCCCAGCUUAAGCAAAGCUUUAAGACGGUAUGGUGUGUGACAAAAUGUUUUUUAGAAUUGAACAUUUGUUAUUAGUAGUAAAAGAAUUAAAUGAAAUAUUUUAAUAUUUUGAUUUUGUUUAUGAAAAGAACUCAGACAAACUACAUAUUUUCAGUCACUUGUGUUGUUAAGGAUGCUAUUCUUUUUUUUUUCUAAUAUUAUUUAUUAAUGUUACUUUA